AGCCAGUGUGACGCGAGCGCCGUGCGCAGAGGCAGUUUUAACGGUUUGGUUAACCAAAACGACACAGUACUGCUUUUCAUCGAGUGAAAGUGCUAAGAUCUGUGAAACGUGAUAAGUGUUUUAGUAAACAAUCUUACAACUAGUUCUUUGUGCGUUAAAGUGAAACAUCUCUAAUCUUUGGAUGACACGGUGACAGAAGUGUAAUAAAUGUGCUAAGUGAGUGAUGCGGUGCAGUGUAGUGUCACCACAAAUGCGGCGGCGACGGUUCCCCCCCACCGCCGUGCAGUGACCACGCAGCCAUGCUGACGAAGACGUUCUGGAUAUUCCUGACAGGAUGCUUCGCGUUAGCAUCGCCUCAAAUACUGGACUUGCAGAACCUGCAGAACCUCCUGCAGGUUCCGCGACUCUGGUAUGCGCGGACCACGGACCCCAAGGGCACCGAGGUGGCCCGGGCGUUCAUGGCCGCCACGGGGGACCAGGCCGUGAAAUAUAACCUGGACACCCGCGGCCCGCCCGCGCCGUUCGCGAUCAACUCCCGCACUGGAGUCGUCACUGUCAAUGACACACUUAUCGAUAAGGAAAACCGAUCUUACUCAUUAUGGGUAUAUGCAAACGAUGGCGUGUUACCAAAAAAACUAGAAAUUUUGGCUUCAAUCACCGACGCUAGUGGAAAACAGAACAAAGUGGGGCAUCCCCCACCUUUCCCUCCUAAUUUCCCAGAAAUCUUCACUGCUCCGCCUCUGAAGCCGAUUCAAAGACCAACCAAAGUAACUGAAGAAGUUUUUGAAGAAACAACAGUACCUGAUAUAACUACAACAACUGCAACAUCAGUUCAGACAACUGUUAAAAUAGAAGAACGUAACGAGACACACAAAGACAAUAAUAUAAUAAAAGACCCAUCAGAAUCGCCUGAUGUAAAUAAUAAUGAUGUGUCAUUUGCUACUAUUAUACCGUUGAUUGCUAUCGGUGGACUAGUCCUUAUUGUAGUUGCAGUUAUUAUUUUCGUUUGGAAGAGGAAUCAUGGACAGAAGGAGCCGAGCAAGAAGGAAGAUAUGAGCAAAGACUCGACUGGCAUCGUUCUCCAAGAGCCGACCCUGAACUGGGAGCGGCCGCGCGCGUACUCCAACCGGUACGAGGCGUGGGACAACGGCCACUUGCAGUUAUCGGAAGAGACCACGAUCACGAAGGAUGAACCAACCGAUGAGUGGGAGUUCCCGCGGCACCGCCUCAGGAUCUUCAACAUUGUGGGCGAGGGUGCCUUCGGGCAGGUUUGGCGAGCUCAAGCCAUCGAUAUCGAUGGUAAGAAAGGCGAGCAGACAGUGGCAGUGAAGACGCUGAAAGAGAAUGCGUCUGAGAAGGAGAAGACAGACCUGGUGCAGGAGCUCAUUGUGAUGAAGAACCUCGGCACCCACCCCAACGUUGUCAGGCUUAUAGGUUGCUGCACUGAAAAGGAGCCAACCCUAGUUAUAAUGGAGUUUGUGAGCCUCGGGAAACUCCAACAGUUCCUGCGCGACUCUCGAGCCGAACGACACUACGGUAACACUCACGCUGGAAGCCAAUUCUUGACCUCACGAGACCUCACCCACUUCGCCUACCAGGUGGCCCGCGGCAUGGAUUUCCUCAGCUCAAAAGGGAUAAUCCACCGGGACCUAGCAGCGAGGAACGUGCUUAUCACAGAGGAGCGCAUGUGCAAAGUGGCCGACUUCGGGUUCGCGCGCGACGUGGCCGGCACGCACGUGUACGAGAGGAAGAGCGAUGGCCGCCUUCCUAUACGGUGGAUGGCUCCUGAAUCGCUGUACGAUGACAUAUUUAGUGUAAAAUCUGAUAUCUGGAGCUUCGGUGUUCUUCUGUGGGAGAUCGUCACACUUGGAUCUACGCCGUACCCUGGAUUGUCAGCGGGUGACGUUAUGAGAAAGGUCCGCGAAGGUCACCGGCUCGAAAAACCCGAGCACUGUCGCCGGGAGCUGUACAACAUCAUGUACUACUGUUGGGAGGCCGAGGCCUCCUCCCGGCCCGACUUCAAGGAAGUCGUCUCCAUGCUCGAACGGCUACUUUGCACGGAAACUGACUACAUCGAACUCGAGAGGUUCCCCGACCAUUCAUACUAUAACGUUCAGCAUUUGGACGGAGAGAAACUUUAGCAAUUUGAAUUUGGAAUUGUGUGAAUGAGCGAAGCUAAUUAUGAUAAUGUUAUGGAAAUGAACUGGAGCGUUUUUGUGCCGCAUAAUGUUGAGAUUAGCUUGGCUGUAAAAAGCUCUAAAUGAACCUUUUAUUGUUGAUUAUAAAAGCAACUUAGUGUAGGUAACUAAAUAAAACGUAAAUUGUGUUGUG